AUAUACACAUAUUUUAAGACACACUCUCCAACUUCCAUGCACACCCAUCCAAUGCAAUUCAGCAAACUCAUUCCUCGCUCUAUAAAACCCCCUAUUUCGUCUCUCCAUUGACACACAACACAUUCCUUCUUUCUCCGUCUCCUCCUCCAUCACCUCUUCCAGACCUGCAGAGGGAGAAAACACAGGAACCCAACAAGCAAAGGUUCAUCUAUUUAACUCGCUCUCUCUCAGGUCUUUCACCAUGGACCCUCCACCCCCCACUAAAGCCAAUGACACAAAAUCCUCCUCCCUUGCUGUGGAGGGCAUUCAGCCCCAAGCAAGCCCACUCCGAAAAAUGAUUGUAGUGGCAUCCAUUGCUGCUGGCAUUCAAUUCGGCUGGGCUCUUCAACUCUCUCUGCUAACCCCUUAUGUUCAGCUUUUAGGCGUCCCACACACCUGGGCUGCCUUUAUCUGGCUGUGCGGCCCAAUCUCAGGAUUGGUCGUACAACCUAUAGUCGGCUACUACAGUGACCGUUGCACCUCUCGCUUUGGUCGCCGCCGCCCCUUCAUAUUCUACGGCGCUAUUGCCGUCGCCAUCGCUGUAUUUCUCAUCGGCUAUGCAGCAGAUAUAGGACACGCUGCUGGCGACGACAUCACAAAGAAAACCCGGCCCCGUGCCGUGGCAAUCUUCGUGGUGGGCUUUUGGAUCCUUGAUGUGGCAAACAAUAUGCUUCAAGGACCCUGUCGUGCGUUCCUUGGUGACUUGGCCGCUGGGGACCACAAGAAGACGAGAAUGGGCAAUGCCUUCUUCUCAUUCUUCAUGGCUGUUGGGCAAGUCUUGGGGUACGCGGCAGGCUCUUUCAAAGGCCUUCACAAAAUCUUCCCUUUCACUGAGACAAAAGCUUGCGACGUCUUUUGUGCUAACUUGAAGAGUUGUUUCUUUUUCUCAAUUUUGUUCCUUCUCAUUUUGGCUAUCAUUGCUCUCAUUUACGUGAAAGACCCUGUGAUGACAACGCCGGAAUUGAGCAGAGAAGGGCAACCUUCAUGCUUUUCUCAAAUAUUUGGCGCGUUGAAGGAACUGAAGAAGCCUAUGUGGAUGUUAAUGAUUGUGACAGCUGUGAAUUGGAUCGGGUGGUUCCCUUACUUUUUGUUCGACACAGAUUGGAUGGGUCGUGAGGUGUAUGGUGGAGAUGUAGGUGAGGAUUCGUACGCUGCGGGAGUGCGUGCUGGGUCAUUGGGGCUUAUGUUAAAUGCUGUCGUUUUGGGGGUGAUGUCAUUGGCGGUGGAACCGUUGGGUCGUAUGGUUGGGGGAGUUAAGAGAUUGUGGGGAAUUGUUAAUGUUAUUCUCGCUAUAGCAUUCGCAAUGACAGUGGUUAUUUCCAAGAAAGCGGAACAUGAACGCCACUUGAACCCUGCAGCCGUUGGACACCCUUCCGAAGGUGUCAAAAUUAGCGCCUUGCUUUUCUUUUCAGUUGUUGGAAUCCCUCUUGCGGUUACCUACAGCGUUCCGUUUGCUCUCGCUUCAAUAUACUCCAGCACUUCGGGAGCAGGUCAAGGUUUAUCUCUGGGAGUCCUAAAUCUUGCAAUUGUCAUUCCACAGAUGGUGGUGUCGGCACUAAGUGGUCCAUGGGAUGCUUUGUUUGGUGGUGGCAACUUGCCAGCUUUUGUGGUGGGUGCAGUGGCUUCCGCCAUCACCGCCGUGUUGGCAAUUUUCCUGCUGCCGAGUCUAAAGCCUGCCGAUGAGGCUAAGGCAGCUGCAAACAUGGCCGCAGGAAGCUUCCACUAAUUAACAAAGAUUUGACUUGUUAUUGGCCUUUGCUUUACAACAUAUGAUAGAAAACAAAAGCAAAAAAAAAAAAAAAAAGAAAAAAGAAAAAAGAAAAGAAGAUAGAGUUUGUGGAUAUAUUGUAUUACCGAGUGCUAAAAUUGCUAUUUCAGUGGGAUCAAUUUCAGAAGGGUUGUAAAGUUUGGUGUGAUUUUAAAGAGAUUGUAAAUAUAGAGGACCUAUCGUUGUCUUUUAUAAUAUAAGUUCAUUUCGGUUCUCAAAGAGAAAUAUUAAUUAAGGAUAGUUGGUUAAUUUGUUGAAAAUGAUGGGAUUUAAUGAUUUCUACUAGUCUAAAUGUAAUUUUUCUUGUCACGAAUUACAUUGAUCAACUACAUUGUGCCAAUUUUGUAGGUGAUACAUCCAACUGUUUUUAUUCCUACAAACCACAAAGUUACGUACCAGUAUAUUGAAAUGGAUUAAGUUCUUUUUUUCUCACCUAUU